AUGGUAGUGCGUAAUUUAAAAAGCACGAACAAGCUAACACUGUUCAUUGUAGCAACGACCCUAUUUCUAUUCUUUAAAUACCUUGUAUUGGACAAUAACUCUGGUAAGGACAACGAGUACCUUAUUGCUUCACAGACUGGCCAGAAGGUAGAUUCUUCAGAUGUGGAUACAUCAAAGCUGCAGUCGAAGCUAGAUGCUUUGAAAUACUCCGAUACUGUGAGAAGUUGUCCCGAUUAUGUCGACUACGCAGGUGUUGCUCAUUAUAGGAAGCAAGACGAUUUAGACACCGAGUUACCUUUCCAAAGACCUCCUAAGAAUUGUAGAACAUUUAAGUCCAAGCUCAUUGAGGCAAUAAUCGAGGGAUUGAAACCAAAAUUUAAGGAUCCAAACUUGGCCAGAUUGUUUGAGAACACCUUCCCCAAUACGUUGGAUACGACGAUUCUGUACCAUGUCACCUCAAAUGAAAACAAACAAUUGCAGAACCAUAGACAUCCCGAGUAUCUUUACAGAAAUAACUUCCCAGAGACCUUUGUUGUUACUGGAGACAUUCAUGCUGAAUGGUUGAGAGAUUCUGCUUGGCAAUUGUCGGUGUAUCAGCCGUUGAUAAAGUACGACCAAGGUUUAAGGGAAUUGAUAAAGGGUGCCAUCAACACACAGUCCCAAUUGAUACUUUCCAACGCUUAUUGCAAUGCGUUCCACCCACCUCUUUAUACCAAGAUCAAGAAGGGAGAAGGCCACUUUGACAACGUUUUCCCUAGGCCCAAUUGGAGACAGGUCUUUGAGUGCAAAUAUGAGAUUGACUCUCUCGCGUCUUUCUUGACCUUGUCUCGUCAAUAUUUCGAAAAUAGCCCCCAGGAAAGCAGACUAGAUUUCAUUACGGAUGACUGGCUCGUUGCACUAACCCAAGUCUUGACCGUCUUGGGGCGGGAAUCAGUGUCCACGUUCGAUGAAAGUGGUCAUGUUAACAAAUUCUACUAUGUCUUUAAGAGAAAUACCGAUGUGGCUUCUGAAACGUUACCCCUUGCAGGAACUGGGAAUCCUGUGAAUUUAAACACUGGACUUAUCAGAUCUGCUUUCAGACCAAGCGAUGACUCCACUAUUUUCCAGUUCUUUAUUCCAGGUAACGCCCAUAUGGCUACGGAACUUGAACGGAUAGUCCCCAUAUUACAGGAUUUUGAGAAGGUAGCUGAUCAAAAGGAACUCGGUGUGCUGUUGCCAAGAAUUAUAGAAAGCUGCCAAGAGUUCGCACAAGCCAUCAGGAAAGGUAUCGAAAAGUACGGGAUAAUAGAUCAUCCUAAGUUUGGUAAAGUAUAUGCGUACGAAGUCGAUGGAUACGGCAGUCAUUUAUUAAUGGACGACGCCAAUAUACCAUCCUUGCUCUCAUUACCAGAUCUAGGAUUCCUACCCGUUGAUGACCCUGUUUAUCAAAACACAAGAAAGAUGAUUCUCACCUCCAAGGGCAAUCCAUACUUCAUCAACGGCAAAUAUUUCCAAGGUAUCGGUGGCCCACACAUUGGAAUACACAAUCCGUGGCCUUUAUCCCUAAUAAUGAAGAUAAGAACAUCUAACGACGAGAUCGAAAUCAUGAAUGCCUUGAAGAUGCUCCUGGAAACUACUGGGGAUCUUGGCCUAAUCCAUGAAUCGAUUAAUGGUUUCGUAGCGAAUGGCGAAGUUUAUACAAGACCAUGGUUUGCUUGGGCCAACUCUGAAUUUGGAAAAUCGAUAUUCAACUUAGCCAAGAGAAAGCCAUGGCUAAUUUUCGAAGAAUAUGCUCCUGGUGACUCUUUCGAUUUAGAGGAGUUCAUCAAGACGUUAGACUUUUAG